UCAUAAAGAUAAGACUCACACUGUGAGUUGUUUGGACAGCGAGAAUGUUGUAGAGAGAGAAUCUUCAAAAUUUUCCCAACAGAAUCAGUUAGUCUCAGUGUUCAGGAGAGAGAGAGAGAGAGAGAUGCGGAGCGUGACGUUGGGAAUCUCAGCUACACCAACAACAACAGUAGCCUCCAUAAACACCUGCUCUCUCAAUUCUAAUUCUAAAAGGCUGAAGCCACCCUUUCCUCGCUCCUCCUUUCUCUCUCAUCUCCCAAAUUCAGGGCUGCUUUGCAGAGCCGGUCAAGUAGUUGAACUAUUCCCAACCGUGUCACCUGAAAUAGUUGUUCGCGAGGCCAGGUUAGAAGAUUGUUGGGAAGUUGCUGAGACUCAUUGCAGCAUCUUCUUCCCCAAAUAUUCAUUCCCUUUUGGUUUGUUACUGAGGAUUAACAGGCUGGUGUCGGUAAUGCUGUCUGGAUUCACUGUACCUAAAGGUUGUCGGAAAACUUGUCUCAUUGCUGUUGUUGGCAGCUCACUGGAUGAUAAUUUAUACUUUGGAAAUGAAGACUUUAAAAUUGGAGGACUCAAUGGUAUAUUUGGUCUGAAUAAGACGUGUGUAGCUGGGAUAUUAACUGUGGAUACUCUGGCUGAUUUUCUCCCAAGAAAAGGACCACUUCGGCAAAGAAGGACUGGAAUUGCAUUCAUAUCAAAUGUGGCAGUUAGGGAGAAAUUUCGACGAAAGGGGAUAGCUAAAAGGCUAAUAGCCAAGGCAGAGGCUCAAGCCAGAAGCUGGGGCUGUCGUGCCAUUGCAUUGCAUUGUGAGCUAAACAACCCAGGGGCCACAAAGUUGUACAAAGGCCUGGGUUUCAAAUGUAUCAAAGUCCCAGAUGGUGCUAACUGGCCCCAACCAAGGACACCUCCAGAUGUCCAGUUCAAAUUCAUGAUGAAGCUUCUAAGCACCCCAACGACCACUGUUUAGAUUUUUAUGAGGGACAUACAAGUGUAGUGUUUAACAUGAAAUCCAUUGAAAGCUAAAAGUAGGAUGUUUCAGAUUGUUUGCUGUAUAUAUAAGCUGGAGCAAUUAGCUGCAGAUCUUGGAGCAAUGUAUUACAGUAAUACUACAAACACGAGUAAAGUACACAAAAUGCAAUCCUACUAGCGCUGCAUUCAUCGUGAUAAAGUGUGAAACCUAUCUAAGUUGCAAGUAUUGCAUUUUGAGCACUGUUUUGAUA